AUGCGUUCUUCCAUCUUCGUUCUCGCCACUGCUCUCGCCUAUGUCUCCGCCCAAGGAGCCAGCGGUGCCCCGGAGCCAACUGUCACCGCCGCACCUGGAACCCUCAAGCUAGGUGAUGAAUGUGCUACAACAGAGCAGUGCGUCGGAACUUCUGAGUGCUGGGCCAGCAAUGCUAUGCUUAUUCGACGAUGUGGUAACUUCAACGCCUCCUGCAAGUCCGACGCCGACUGUGCCUUCAACUCUUGCAAUAACGGUCUCUGCAAUGGUUUCGUCUCGUCCAGCGGGACUACUGCCGCCCCUACCGACGUUCCUGGCCCAAGUGGUGCCCCCGAACCAACUGUCACUGCUGCUCCGGGAACCCUCCCACUCGGUGCCGAGUGUGCCUCAUCAGAGCAAUGCGCUGGCGGUGCCGAUUGUUGGGCUAGUAACGUCAUGGUAGUCCGACGAUGCGGUAACUUCAACGGCUCCUGCAAGGAUGACUCUCAGUGUGCCUUCAACUCCUGCAACAACGGUCUUUGCAAUGGUUUCCUCUCUUCCAGUUCCACCACCGCCUCUCCAACCGACGCCCCUGGCCCAAGUGGUGCUCCGGAACCUACUGUCACCGCCGCUCCAGGAUCCCUCCCACUCGGUGCCCAAUGCGCUACCACGGAACAAUGUGCUGGAGGUGCUCAAUGCUGGGCCAGCAAUGCCAUGUUGAUCCGAGCAUGCGGUAACUUCAAUGCUGAGUGCAAGUCCGACGCCCACUGUGCCUUCAAUACCUGUAACAACGGUCUUUGUAACGGUUUGAAGCCAUCUGCUUCCCCAACCUACGGUGGUGAAACCACCACUGUUGGCCCUUCCACCCUCCUCCCAACCCAGAGUGGAAACGGAACUACCACUUCUCGACCAACUGCUCCUCUCCCAUCUUAUACUGGUGCUGCCAGCAAACAGAGCAUCGGUGUUGCUGGUUUGAUCGGUGCCCUCGCCCUCGCUUUCGCUUUGUAA